AUGCCUUCGAGCGCGGAAGCGUUCGUGGACGCUCUCCUCACCCAGGAGGCGUUUGACCAUCCAUCAGACAAUGUAAAGCCAGAAGAAUUAGCACUGGAACUACCAAAAUGGUUCGAUGAAGAGAAAUUUAACAAGGGUCGUAAAUUCUACCUGGACAACUGCUUCGCGAUGUCAUCAUCAAUGUUGUUGGGAUUGGCUGCCGUGUUCGCGAUACCAUCCAUUUUGCGCAUACUGGUGGGGACGCGACGAUCCAACUCCGUGUACACAGCAUACAGGCGAUACCUCUCAACACUACUACACACCAUAUCCUGGUUCGAGAACGAACUGAAACCAGGAAGCCUAUCAUGGAAAUCGCUAUACACAGUGAGGAGCAGACAUUUAAGAGCGGGACUUGCUUCAAAGGUCAAAGGUAUGGGAGUGGUGUCUCAAAGAGACCUGGCUCUCACACAGUUUGGUUUCAUCGGGUUUUCCAUGCUGAAGCCAGAUAAGUUUGGCAUCAGACAGCUUCAUGAAGACGACUGGGAAGCCUACAACUACACCUGGAGAGUCAUUGGGUACAUGAUCGGAAUUGAAGACAGGUACAACAUCGCCCGCGAUACAUUCGAAGAAACCCUUGAAGUGUGCCAGCUUCUCAAAGAACGAGUAUACACGCCGUGUCUAGAGAAUGUUCCCGAAUACUUCGAGCACACAGCUCGUGUUAUGUUGGAGGGCCUGUGGAACAUCAACCCGACCAUCGAGACCGACGCUGUGCUGUACUGGUGCAGGGUACUGGCUGAUGUCCCCGGCUACAUCUACACUGAAUCUGAAAGGAUGAACUUCCAGAUGAAACUUAAGGAAAAACUGAAAGGGAAACCUCUUGACACUGGGGUGGAUUCUACGGAAUUCAUGUGCAAGCCGGCCAUAGACGGUCUGCCUAAGACCCCGCCGCGCCUGCUCUACUACAAGGACUUCAACACCAUCGAGACUACGCCUUACUACAAGCACCUCACUUUCAAGGCCAAAUACAAGAUGUUCAUGUUCAACCAGUACUCGACCUUAUACACCUCAUAUUUAGGCAGACUUUACAUCAACCUCAAUUUCUGGUUCAGCGUUUUCCUAAUGAGAUACUUCCCAUACUUGGCUUUCUUCAAGUUCGGUAUUAAAAAAUCUCUAGUAAAUAUUUUCGAAGAGGACCCUACAGACGAGACUAAGCCCGUGAGUAACGCGGAAUAUUUCAAGAAUCGUAAACCUGAGACGUGGUAUAGUGCGGCUCUCAGCUUAAUUUGGUAG